AUGUCGGCCACCUCGGCCGUUCCUACGCCGGCGAGCUCACCGAACAAGCCAAGGCCGAAGGGCAAGGACGCAGCGGCUACCACCACGGCCGCGACCACUUCCCAACCAGGUCCAGUGCCUAGCAUGACCGCGGCCAUUGUAGGCGCCCGCUCGCCGGCAAAGAAGCCCCGGGCGUCGCCGUCGAAGCGCUCCAAGGUCGGCGCCUCGAUGUCGGCGUCGCCGAUCGCCUCGACCUCGCAGCUCACUUUGCAGUCCAACGAGCCGCACGCCGCCCUCGACCUCGCCCACAUCCUCUCGACGCCGCGGCGAGGCCGUCGCGUGGGCCGCAUCGACAUGGGCUGGGAGUCGCCGCUCGCCGACGCCGACCGAGACGGACCGACGCUCAGCUGCCCCCACACCCUGCCCAAAGCGAGCCGGGUCCGCAAAGCCUUCUACGACCAGGACGACCUGCCCGAGACGCCUUCGAAGAGGAAAGCCUCGAGGGCCUUUGCCAAAGACUCGACAAGGCCGCAGAGGUCGCUCGUCGACACGCACGGCUGGGCGUCGGCGGCCAUGGUCAGCAAGGUGCCCCUUCCCGACUUCAGUGCUUCUCCGGGCUUCUCGCCGCGGCCCGCAACGACGACACCCAAGGGAACAGGCGCACCUGCCUCCGACGACAGAUUGGACGCCGAGGGUCUGUGGUCGCAUUUCGAGUCGCCCGCCGCACCGACAACGCCUCGGCUGGUACCGCUCGAGGUGGCUGGCCUCGGUCGGGUCGCCGUCCACCGCGAAUUUGCAGGUCAGAUUGCGGAGCAGGCACCGUACAACAACAGCAGCAAGCCGUCGACGGCCAUCCGCAGGCACGGCUCAUUCUGCUCAGACUACGCCUCUGGCGUCUCUGACGCAUCGGGCACCGGCUCCUCGCUGGGCACGUCGACCAACCCGACCUCGGUGGGCACGCCUUGUCCCAGCGGCGUCUCGCCCAGCUUCUCGCUCUGCUCCCAGUUCCCGCCAUCGGAGCCCGAGUCGCCCUACAAGCAGGCAAACGCCAAGCAGGUCGCCGCGCAAAAGGAGUCGCAGGCGCAAGCGCAAGCGCACGCGCACGGCUCAUUCUCGAUCAGCCCGUCGUCGAAGGCGGUAUCAGUCAUUGCCACCGCCAGCCUGCUCGACAAUGCCCUCUACCGGCCAAAACUCGGGGGCAGCCACAGCGUACUGCAGGCGGGCCUGCCGACGCUCGAAUGGCCCGACGGCCCCGACGGCCCGUGGGCCGCUGCCGGGCAGCACAUCGACCACCUCAAGCAGCAGCGCAAGGAGGGCGUGCAAAAGUGGCUCGAGACGGACCUCGACGAGGAGUCGGCCGCCGGCACCUUGGAGGCCGCCGGCAGCAAGCACGUCCACCAUCCGAUGGUGGCCAAGGCGCUCCUCGACCGCGCCCGCAAGCAGGGCCGGCAGAUCCUCGCGGCCGUGUCGGCAUCGCAGACCAGCCCGACGAAGCGAUCGCGCGGCUCCAAGCACAAGAAGAAGGCGAGCCGCGGCGGCAGCAACGCCACGCCUUCGCGUCGCAAACAAGAGCCGCUCGGGACCGCCUCGAGCGUCACCGAUACGCCGUCGUCGCGCCGGUCCGUGGCCACGGCCGCAUCGCUCGCCCGGUCCGACCACAGCGCCAUCCGAGGCUGCAAGUGCGGCAUCGAGGACGAGUCGGUCGUCAUGGUCCAGUGCGACCACUGCCGCAGGUGGCUGCACCUGCCAUGCGUCGGCAUCGCCGACAUCGACGAGCUCGACGACGAGUGGUACUGCGACGAGUGCUGCGAGCGCGCCAUCAACGACCACCUCUCGCCCGCCUCUUCGCUGCCCGCGACCAUCACCUCGUUCGCCGACCUGAGCACGCCCGAGGGCCUCCAGGCCGCCAUCAACAUGUGCGAGCCCGUGUUUGCCCUGCCGAGCGGCACGCCGAUCCACCGCCGGGGCGUCGCGCUGUCGUCGUCGAUCGCCCUGGCGCCCAGCCCGCCGAUGCUCUCGGUCGGGCAGCAGACGUCGGGCUUUGCGGGCGCUACGCCGUCGUCGUCGUCGCUGCUCCGCACGCCCGAGCUGCAGCCACGCCGGCCGAGCACGUCGUCGCUGCGAGGCAGCCGGUACGACUUUGACGACCCGCCGACCUCGUCCAGCCCGUUCCCGCGCACGCCCACGUUCGACACGGGCAGCCCGCGGUACGGCGGCCCGUCGGACCGCAGCGCGGGUCGUCACCACCCGCCGCUCGGGCUGGGCCUGCCACCGCCGGCGUCUUCGUCGCGCCUCAGCAAGCACUCGAGCGGUGCGGCCGGUCCGGCCACGACGACGGCGCUCUCGUCGAGCUACAGCGCCAACAGCGUCGACCUCAAGGACCGCGUCAUCGGCGGCGGCGGCGGUCCGCCCGCCUCGACCGGCAAGGCGAGGCAGGUGUCGAGCGAGAUGCCCUUUGGCCUCGGCAUCGGCUUUGACCUCGACGAGGUGCUCGACUGGUCCUAG